CUAACGCAGCACAUAUACUUAUAUGCACACUGCUGAUCAGAACAGCUUACAAUCCUUAAUCACCGCGGAAUGCUUUAAAUCGCAGUUUGGCGACAGGUGGGCAAACGAGAGUGCGGGUUAACAACGUGCGCGAAGGAUGACGCAGCUAUGGACGUGGCAAUGUAAAAUGUUGCUGGCGACAGCGUUAUCAGCCGGUGCGGCGGCCGCUGCCCGCAUACCUGGCGCCUACGGCCCACCCGCCUACGGUGGCUAUGGAGGAAGCUAUGGCUACGGCGGCUACGGGGCCGCGCCUCCCCCCGGUCCCAUCUACGGCGGGUAUGGGUACGGAGGCCCCAGCUACGGACACUACUCGCCCCCCUACCCCCCACCCGCCGCCGCCACACCCCCAUCGUACGUGAUGGAAUGGCCGCCCAUGGCGGAGGCGUUGGAGCGACCCCCGGCCUACCCUGAGUCGCCGCCGCCAGAGCUCCCACCAGUCUGGCUCAGCCCGCCCCAGUCGUCGCCGCCGCCCGCUUCACCGCCCCCUUCACCGCCCCCUUCACCGCCCCCUUCACCGCCCCCUUCACCGCCCCCUUCACCGUCGCCCCCCUUGCCGCCAGCCCUGCUGCUAACUGACAUCGUUGGCUGCUACCAGUUCCUGGGCCCCGGCAGCCGCCGCCUGUUCCCAGCCGCUGAGCUGUCAGCGGGACACGGCAGCGCCGGCGGCGGCGUGGGCCCCAACGCGGGCCCCCGGAGCUUCGACGUGGCGGCAUGCGUCCGGAUGGUGGCGGGCAGCCCCGGCAGCCAUUUCCGUUACGUGGGAUUCUUUGACGGCCACAUGUGCUUCGGCAUCGGCGGCAUCCUACCCCCCUCCGCGCUGGCAGCCGCGGAGCCCUUCGCCGCCUGCGAGCCCUGCCCCCUGCCCUCCGGCCGCAACAGCACCGGCAGCAGCAGCAAGGACGGUGGCGGCGGCAGCAGCGCGCAGCAGCAGCAGCAGCCGGAGCCUCAGCCGCAGCAGCUGCGCUGCGGCAGUGGCACGCGCAUGGCCGUGUACGACCUGGCCGCCUGGCCCUGGGUGCGGCUGGCGCCCUCGCUGCCGCCCAUGGCACCGUGGCCGCCCGAGCCGGAGGACUUUGGGUCGGGCUGGCGGCGGCGGAGCCGGCGGCGGCGGCGGCAAUAGCGGGCGCGUGAGUGAAGCCAGGGAGCUGAGCCGGCGGCGGCGGCAGUAGUGGCGCGGCGCGAGGCGGGGAGGCGAGCACAGGGGAGGAGGGAGGAGGGUGGAGUUGUGCGGGUCAAGGCAGUCGUCGGGCCGGGCUUCAAAGGUAGCAGUGGGGGCUGUGCUUGGCGCAUGAUGGUGGUAUUGUUUGAGUUGGCCCCCGCCUACAGGCGUAUUCCGAGAAACGUCCAUGAACAGCGAAACACAACACGUAUGACGGCGUACACGCGCUCCUCGUGAGCAGGGUGGAACAAUUUGUAUGCAUUAUAGUAGAUAGCGGUUGCUCCUGACGUGCCAAAGAGAUUUGCCAUGCUAAGGCUAGUUUGCAAGUUAUAAAGUUCUGCUGCUGCACGUUGUUGACUUGCAGCUGCACGUAAGCACCAUGGAUGCAUUGAAGACCUGAAACCAGGCCAAGAACAAAUAAUGCAGAGGUUGAGCCGCCCCGAGUGUUGUUGGCUUCUUGUUGAUGUGUUGUACUGCAUUGAGCAUCAUUCUUUAUGCGCCUGGUGAGGCUGUGGCGCACCGCGCACGAGAGGCAGGGCGCACUUCCCACACGUGUGCAUUGUGUAUGUGUGUUGUGUUGUUUUCCUUAGGGGCAGCUGCCCGCGUUGGCCACACGGGACGCAUGCUGAUGCCAAUAAGUCUGUUUCAGGCGUACGGCGAGCAUCCUGAUUGCAUAUGCACUAGUGCACAUGAGGGGGGCUAGCUACGCUGCUUUGGUGUUAGCGGUGCGGGUGCAUGUGUGCGGCACAAACCUGUCCGCGUAGAGUGGUACGUGCAAGGGCGUUACACACCGAUUGGUGGAGUACGGUAUGCAAGGGAGAAUAACGAGUGCCUGGCUCUCAUUUGCUGUGGGACGCCAUCGUGCCGUGGGCGCGUGUGCAGGUGUUGAACGUCAGGGUGAUGGGACAUCCACGGGCGCCAAGAGAGAGACGCCGCAGAAGCAGAACUGCUUUUUUGAAGUAGGAAUGGUAGGAGUGAAAAGUGAUGGGAUUCACGACUCGUUGCAGUCAUGAACAUUUGAAAUGACUUGGAGA